CAACAAACGGUCUGACCAAUAGGAAUCUCCGAAACUUCCGCAGGAAUAGAAUGGAUAAAGCUAAACUAGCGGGUCAGAAGGGGGCCAGUGUGUGAAUUCGAAUGCCGUGUUAUUAUCUGUUCGCGUCCCGAUUCGUGCUUAAUGACGGACGACAAGAGCCGAAUUGAUCAGCUCAGCCGGGGAAGCGUGACGUUAGUAGCUCGCGAGCGCAUUCGGAUGUGAGCGAGAGACACCAGAGGACGAGUUCGUGAUCCUCUCUUCUGCCCACAAGAAAGACAAGAAUCACCGCACUGUCAUACGGACACAACCGGGAAGAUGGAGUGAGCAACCCGUUUGCUGGAAAUUGCACUUUUGUAAUUCAGGCAUCUUUUAAAAAAACUAUGGAUUACAGGAAAAUGACUUUAUAGAUUCAACGCAAUUGUGGAACAAACUUUUUCUUUUGGAUGGACCUUGCAAAGAUGAUCUGAGCUGGGGGAUUUUUUCCUUACUUGAUGCAAUGGAAAUAUGAAAUAUGCAUGCUUUAAAACGGACCUGACGCCAGCCAAAUGAUCACAGACUUCGACAUGGCAACUCGUGCAGGUUUGGUUCGUGGCGCGCGAUCAUUCACUUGGCCUUUCGCUUGUGUGUUGGUGUGUUUUAGUUGUUUUCCCAUCGCCUCCUCCAACCGCCACGGCCGUCGGUUGAUUUGCUGGCAAGCGAUACUGAACUGCCAGUCGGAGCAGGAGUGUCAUUACGCUUAUGACCAGUAUUUGCACGCAUGUGACUCGAUCCUGAGCGGCCAGAGGAAGAAGUGUCCCAGUCACUGCAUCUCGUCGCUGGUGCAACUCAACCUGACCAAGAGCGGCCCGGCGCUGGAGGACUGCAGCUGCGCCUCGGACCCCCGCUGCCGGGAGAUUAAACGAGCCAUCGAGCCGUGCUUACCCAAAACCAGCAGCAUGGGCUGCACCGAAGCCCGGCGCCAGUGCGAGAGGGACACCCAGUGCCGAAGCGCCAUGGGCGAUUAUUUACUCCACUGCGGGAAACUCUUCAGUGGCUCCAGCUGCUCGAACCCGUGCCGCAAUGUCAUCGGGUACAUGCGCAAACUUCCCAAAGCUCAACUUCUGGAUUCUUGCGUCUGUGAUGGUUUAGAGCGGACUGUCUGUGAGUUUAUCAAAACUAGUAUGAAAACGCUUUGCUUUGGCUCUCCCCCAGUGGAUGAAGAAGGCUCCAGUGGGUUGGACGAUGAUGAACCCGAUGAUGAGGAUUACCCAGAGCCAGAGUCCACGAGGAACACAGGUUCUGCUUUUGUGGCAUGUUCUGUUUUGACUGUGGUGGCAUCCAUUUUGGCUCGAGUGCCGCUUCCUUGAUCAAUUUGAAGUUCGUUUUAUGUCGUGCUGUUGUUUAAACAUUUAUUCCUUAAAACGGUCUAGUCUUUAUUUUUAUGUAUCGCAAGCAAUCCAAUAGUGACUCUCAUAAUCAACUUUUAUCAGGUGUUCAAUAAGUGCUAAGGUGCUUGUUUUUUUUUUCUCUUCUACUAGUUAAAGUAGUUUUCCCAGUGUCUAUCCCAUUUUUUUUCUAGUAAACUUUAUCUCACUAGUUACUUGUUAGUUACCUUUCACUGGUCAUAUAAUGACAAGUCAGAUCAGUAUGCUGAAAAUCUAAAUAGAGUCUAGCAUGUGCCAAAUACUUUCUGAACCACAACUCUGCAUGGAAGUUAAUGGCAAAAAUCAAUUUCAUACCAGUAACAAUUGAUUCGUUACUUGACAUGACUCGGGAUAGUGACUAGUAGCAAAAUAAUUAGGAAUUACACUGAAUUAAUAAAUACUAUUUACUAAAGAAUCCAGUGUUUUGAAGAAAAUGUCAUUGUUGAAUUACUUGAUAGAAAAAAAAGCACUAGUAACAUAAAAAUAAGAAUUAGUGAGCUUUAAGGCGUACGUGUAAACACAGCUCGACAUGAUUUUGUUCCAAAGAGUACAAGUUAAUCUUUGUGUGACACUGAGGUGCAGCUCUUAUCCAGAAAUUGUGACAUUGUAAAUGUGUUUUGAUUCACCGGGCUGAUGAUUUACAGUUACAGAUUCAGCGCAGGUGAACAAUGCUUUGUCUAAUGAAAGUUUUUAAUUAUCAAGCUCAAUUUCUGAUUCUGAAGUUAAAAGCAGGGAUACAAAGUACUUUAGGUCAGUCAACUGCCUUAAACACCAGCUUGCCUAUUUCAAGUGCUGUUUUGUAACAGACAAAUGUAUUUCCUUAAAGAUAUAGAAAAAGUUUAUUUUGUUACCUAGACGUUUUAACCGUGAAAGUUGUAAUUAUAAAAUUGUGCACUGCCAAUAUAAAACAAAUUUUUAAAAAAAAUAUGUAAAGUAUUUUUAUAAAGUUGCAAAUGAUUUUGGAUAAGUUCCUUCUGUAAAAAUGUUUGGAAUGCUGGAAUGAAUAAGGAGUAGAUCUCUAUUUUAGCUGGUAACAUUUGAUACAUCUUAUGAAAGUCCUAGAGCUUCAAGACAGCAAACUUUAUUUUUUUUCUUAAAGUAACCUUCAAAAUAAAGGGUGAUGAUUCCAGCUUUAAAGGGAAGUAUUUUUUUUUUUGUGUGUGUGUUGUAAUUAUUUUUUUUUUUAAGAUAUUGUACAGUGUACAGAUUGUCAGAGAAUUUUUUAAUUGUUAUCUAAGAUGAACUAUUGACAAAAAAUGUCUAAAUGUCUAAAUUCACUGUAUGACUGCCUCAGUGAUGUUCUUUUUAUAGAAGGCAUAAAAACAAAAGUACAACGA